CGCUGAGUACAGCCGCAUUAUGGACGACUCCAACGCCAACUACAUCCCCUUGGGGAUUGGGAAUAGCAGAGGAUUUGGAACCCCACAGCCAAGAGUAACCUCUCUAUCUGGUAGACCUCCAAAGGUCAUUGGAGAGACCAAAGAGGAACGAAAGCGAAUUGCCCGCGAGAUCCGACUUGCGCACAAGAAGGCACACAAGAAGGAGAAGGCAGACGCAAAAAGAGCAAGAAAACUCAAUGGCAUCCUGCACAGGCGCAUGACCAAAAACCCAGAGAAAUAUACCAAGAACAAAGACCGAAAUCGUCAACGUGCUAUCGAUCUCGAACGCCAGAGGAUUCAAUACGGAGCAGUACACCAAUGUGAACGCUUGGCGGCCAAACAUGAUCCGACUGGAAAGAUGUUCAAUGUUGGGGAGGUUAUUGUCACUCCCGAAGGGAAGGUGAAGUCGAAGGAAGCUAUCAAGAGAGAGGCUGAACGAGAGGCACAACAAAAAGCUGAGAAGGAGGCGGAAGCUCUACAACCUCGAAACAAGAGAAUCAGCAAGAAUCAACUCAAGAGGCAGGAAAUGUUGAAGCCUAAGCCAGUUCCGCCCAAACCUGUCAUCCCAGAAGGUAUCACACUACCGGAAGGCGAAGAGAACCUGGUUGAGCUAUUCGAUAUUACCGACCAAGAAAUCGAGACCAGGCUCAAGAGACAAAAGUCUGCCAAGAAACAGGCUGCUAAGGACCUGCGGAAGAUUCAGAAGGAGAAGAAGAAGCUCAACCGAGCUAUGAAGCUCCGAAAGAAGCAAUGUGCUUACGCAGGUGUUACCUGGGACCCGGAGCGAGCUAAAAGAGAGAUCAUUGGGGAAAUGACAAAGGAUGCCGAGAAUGAAUCAGGUUCAGACUCUGACUCCGACUCCAGUGAUGACAAGUCUGACGCUGAGGGCGAAACCAAUGGCAAAGCUACGAAGGAGCCGAAGCCAGAGGCGAGCUCUUCCGACAAUUCUGAGCCUGUACAGGUACCAGGAGAGAAGAAGAAAAAGAAGCUACCAGAGAUUCAGCGGCCUAAGCUUAAUCUGGAACUGAUAGCAAAGGCCGAGGAACUAGAACGACAGCGACAACAGAAGAAGCUUCUUGCUAGACAAAGAAGACGAGAAGAACGCAAGAGACUAGCUGAAGCAGAGGAAAGAAAGAAGGCCGAAGAAGCUCGUGCCGCGGAAGAGGCCCAGAAGGCUAUUGUCGACGAAUCUACUGAAAAGAAGUCUAAAAAGAAGCGGAAACGCUCCAAGGACGAAGACGAGGAUGAUGAACCCGAGGAAAGCAGCAAGAAGGAGAAGUCUCACAAGAAGAAGAAAUCGAAGACUGGUGAGGUCGAGGCGAAUUCUGAAGACGUCGAAGUAGCAGAUGAUGAACCCGUGAAAAAGAAGAAAAAGAAGUCGAAGACCGUGGAUACCGAGCCUGCGGAUGACAAUGAGGAUGGGCCAGAGAAGAAGAAAAAGAAGAAGAGGGAUCGAACCGAGACUGAGGUUGAGCUUACUGAAGCGGAACUGGAAAAGCAAGAGAGGAAGAGGAAACGAAAGCUUGAGAAGCUUCAAGAGAGCAACGAUGACAAGCUGGAUCGACAGAUUGCCGAGAGAGAAGCCAAGAUGAAGGCGGAGGUGGAGCAAAACGGAGAUGAUACGCCUAAUGGUGCUGAGCACUGGAAUCCCGAUGCUCUGUCAGGAGACUCUGCACGAAAGGACAAGUUCUUACGACUACUCGGAGCUGGCAAGAACGGAGCAGAGAAGUCUACAGAUCAAUCGAGCAGCAAGAAAGUCAAGAAGUCUAAGGACAAGAAUUCUGUCGAAGAGAUCACUAAGGUUCAGUCUGAAUUGGAGAGGCAAUACGAAGCAGGCAUGAAGCAGAAGCAUGACGGUGGAAGCAAGAGACGUGGUCUAGGCGCCUAAAAGUAUGGAUCAAGAAUGAUUUGACGUUUUGUUUGGUUAUCGAUUUGAAAUUGUGGCUUUAUUCCCCCUUUGCCUUACAGAAGCUCAGGAUGGCUACCAUUCAGAAAUGCAGCGUAUCUUGAAAAUUUCAAACUCCGAAAGGAACGCCCAUUGCAAUUGCUCCCUAUGAGAUGACCCCCUAUGAAGUGACUUUUGUAAUGUACAUCUGUCUUUUUGAGUACAUUUCCCCGGGCUCCUUCUCGACCCAGCUCCC